AUGCUUGAAAAUGUGAGAAAUUUGGCUCAGACUGAGGCAACACGUGAGGCGGCAGCUAGACAAGCAGAGAUGGAGGAAAUGAGGAGAAGACGAGCUGAGAUGGAGGAAGAAUUGAGGAGGAAAACAACGGAGUAUGAGGAAGCAAUGCGGAUUCCAAAUGAGCGCGCAUUGAAAUUUGAACAAUUUAUGGCAUUGCAUAUGAAUCAAGGUGUGGGAGGAAGAGACGAGGAAGAUGAGGAGGAUGAUGAAGAAGUUGACUAA